GGAGAGGAGGUGCAUGCAUCGAUCGGUAUAGAAAGCGUUUAUUUCCUCCAUAUGUGUAUAAAUAUAUAUAUAUAUAUAUAUAUAUAAACAGAACUACAACCAGCCAAUCCCCAACUAGCAUUUUGCGCAUAGUCGUGUAGCUUCAGCUACUUUCUAGUUUCUUCGUCCCUCAUAAUCAAUCGGAAAAUCAACGACACGAGCGAACCAAAAUCAAGAUUCACGAAAUUUACACUACCGACUUCGCAUUGUUGCAUUAGGUGGAGCAUUCUGCUGAUAAAUCUUUCAUUGGGUUGUUCUUCUUUAGCAUUGUCGGACAAGGAAAAACCAUGUUCACAGGAUUAAUUUCCGGAACCCACAUUCAACCCAAAGUUGUCAUAAACUCGCAGAAAAGGGAAAUGCCUGGUCUAAAGUUGGAACAUUUGCACAUGUCAAAUGUCCAGUUCUAUUCAAAGAACAAAAUAACUUGUGGAGUCACAAAGUCUGAGGAGUCCUCUGUUGAUCAGGAGGAACAUAAAAAGAAUAGGCAUAAGCCUUUGGUGAAGAUGUGUGGUAUUACAUCAGCUAAAGAUGCUGAUAUAGCAGCAGAAGCUGGUGCUGAUUUCAUUGGGAUGAUUCUUUGGCCCAACUCAAAGCGUUCUGUUUCACUUUCAGUCGCAAAAGAGAUUUCAAAAGUUGCGAGGGAGUAUGGGGCACAACCUGUUGGGGUAUUUGUUGAUGAUGAUGCAGACACAAUAUUAAGAGUUGCUGAUGCAGCUAAGCUUGAACUUGUUCAGCUUCAUGGAGAUAAAUCUAGAGCAGCUUUACCAGAAUUGGUUCAAAAACAUCCAAUCAUAUAUGUCCUCAAUGCAAAUGAAGAUGGAGAGCUUAUAAACAAAAUUUCUGAUGAUGAAUGUUCUUUAGUUGAUUGGAUUCUUGUGGAUAGUGCACAUGGUGGCAGUGGUAAAGGUUUCAAUCGAAGCCAGUUUAAGCUACCACCGAUCAGCAGUAAACAUGGUUGGCUUUUGGCGGGUGGAAUGAAUCCUGAGAAUGUUGGUGAAGCUGUUUCAACUCUGAGACCUCAAGGAGUGGAUGUUAGCAGUGGCAUUUGUGCCUCAGAUGGAAUCCAAAAGGAUCAAGCACGAAUAUAUAAGUUUUUAAGAGAAGUAAGAUUAGCAUACUAUUGAUUGGUUGGGAUGAAGAAAUCUUAGCGAAAUUUUUGAGAUUGGUAAAUCUCAGAAAGUUCCCAGAUUGACAUGAAUUUCUUAGGAGGUUAUUGAGUCAUUGAUUGUCAAGUAACAGCAGCAAUUUGGACAAUAGUUGCCUAGUAUCCAUGGAAUAAAGAGAAAUCUAUAGCGUAUUUCGUUUCAAACUUUUCUUGGAAAAUUUUGUUAGAUUCUUAAUUUAUCAAAAUUUGACAUGUUCUUGUAAUACCAUUUUCAUUAAGGUUACCAUGCUAUCAUAUGGGUUUGGUUCCUUUUUGGGCCAAUUUCUUUUUCCAUUUA